AUGCAAAAUUUAAAGCUGAUUACUCCUCUCUUCUGCUUCAGUGUAUGCUUUAUCUUCAGCAUUGCUCUAAGUCAUGCUAGUUCAGCUAGUGCAGUGGUUGAUAGAAAAUGCUUUACAUAAAAGUAAUUUCCGAUAAAGUUUGCUGGUUUACCACAAAAAAAUGAAAUCGUAGAUAUUACUAAUAUAUAGGAAAGUGAUGGUGAUUUAGUAUUUGGAGGCUCUAUUACAAUAUCAGGCAUUAAAUCUCCACUCCUAGGUUACUACGAUUAAGAUAUAUAUUACUCUAGAUUAAAGUGGAUGUUUUCAAUUCUGACCAGAAUUUCUGAUCUGGAAUUCAAAAGAAUUGUAGCUAUCUAUAUUAAAAAUGGCAAAAGUUAUUUUACAAUUAAAUCUGAUACCAGUGCAUAUUUGGCCGUAAUUAAAUUUGAUAAUUAUGCUAUGGAAGUAGUUAGCGCAGUAGCAAUACCUGACUGUAAGCAAUGGCAAAGUUUCAAUCAUCUAUUGACUGUCGACGAAAAUGGUUUUGCUUACAUUAUUGUAUAUUUUGCUGAUUCAGAGCUACCAAGUAUUUUAAAACUAACUAUGGGUCAAGAUGGCACUAGCUGGUAGACAAAAUUAAACUAUCCUACUGUUUUAUCAUCUCUGAUUCCUAUUGCAACUCAAAGUUCAAUUCUAGUUUCUGGAAUAAUAUAAAAUCCUGGGCUAGAAAAUGCUAUUUUUUGUUUUAAACUCACAGAUAAUAUCGGACAUGUCACUGAUUUACUGAUUUAUUAAAAUCCAUCAUUACCAGAGAUAUUCUUGACCACUAAGGUAUCUGUAGUUUACUAUAAUGAAGUUUAAAAUACUAUCCUUAUAUGCUAUGAAAAGUAUGAAAUGCCAUAUUUUUCAGGAUUUAUUUACACAAACAUUGGAAUCAGUUAAACUUAAAGAGCUCAUUUUUCUACAGAUGAAUAUCUAAAUUAUCUUGAAGUGAUAUACCAUAAUACAAGAUAUAAACUCCUGGUCAAAAUUAUUUCAUAAGAUCAAGCAACUGAGAAAUACAUAUUCUUUAGCUUUUAUGAGGACAGUUUACUUGCAGCGAAUUCAGAAUUUACUCGAUAUGACAUACAAGAAAUAAAAGUACAUCCAGGCUUUGCAAUCUCUAAUCUUUAUGCAAAAAGGAUGAGUGACAGAAAUUAUUACACAGUUGUGAUAAAAUCAACUUACUCCUUCAGUGUUAUCUAUAGUGAUUAUGAUGAUUAAUAGUGCGGUGCAUUCAUUACUCUUGAGGAUAGUACUGAUUUUAUUACAGCAACAAUAGAAAUUUUCAUUUCAAACUGCAGAUACCUAACUCAUUUGUUAGAUAGAAGAGACUUACUCUAAGAUGUAGUGGAAUUUGAAGAAACUAUUGACUAAUGUGGUGCAAGAGGUACUAUAUAGAGAAUUUACCUAAUUCUAACUACAACCUUGGCUAAUAUCAGCUUUUACUAAAAGAUCUUACAAAUCAGUAAUAAGUGUCAUUAUGCCCAGACUCAUACUAGUUUCUGA